GCAGACCCAACCCGUUCCGGCUAGCUGUGCUGCGUUUGAGCCAGGACAGGCAUCCACUCCCGACAACACUUCACGCGAUACCAUCCACUCCCAACAACACUUCACGCGAUACCACUGUUCCAUAAACGGAAGCUGCUUCCCUCGCCAAACGCGGGGCCACAUGCUAUGGUCAUGAAUGCAGCACGGUCCUCGGCCGUCCGAAGAGCCAUGCGGAACGACGUCGAAUCACGACGGUUCCAUAUGCCUUGAGAACGAGUUGUGGGAAAGGCGGUCCCCAUUUUCACACCAGGCGCUCCAGCGGAGGUUACAAGCCAGACGUGCCGCCAAGAGCGGAUACAACGAUGCAGAAGCCGAUCAGCCGCAGUCUACCCUGAAUCCUCAUUGUCGGCCCCAAGGUCCACGCCGGGCCGCCUCCAGUCAUGGUGGUGAGCUACAGCAGACGUCCGAUAGCCGCUGCCUCUCACAGCACCAUCACUGCGGCGACAGCGUUCGGACAAGCGACCCAGAACACCGCCAUCCUCAGGUUCCGGACGACGGAGGAAAGCAGGAUGAAGAGAGUUCUGUCGUGCCGCCGCACGCGCAGGAGAGUCUGGUAGGCAUGCCAAGUGUGUCGGGCGAUGAGAGCGGCAACGAAGGUGAGCUGGCCAAUACCGCGCCGUCCAUACAGCCAUCCGCCAGCCAAAACCAGGCCAACAUUCAGCACAUCGGUUGUCGUCGACGUUGCGAUAUCGACGGCAUGGAGGACUGCUCUCCCAUUGUGGGAAGUAACGCCAAGCUGGUCAAGGAUAAGGAUGUCGUCCAGCCGCCACGAGGGAAGCGUCGCAGGGUAAACACUUCGGCCCCUACAACCCGCAGAACAGUGCCCAAGCGGCAGACACGUCUGCGUCGCACCGACUCCCCUUCACUACAGGCUCAAAGACCACCAACAACUCAAGGCUUAUAGCGCCGCCAAAGUCAGCGCAGCAUUUCCAAGCCGCGAUCUUCAGCGGGGUCCGUUUUGGAAGAGGAGACAGUCGAGGUCGCUUCCGCAAGCUUUGAGGAAUGGCCACUUGACGCGGUCCUCAAGCGCGUUUUGGUG